AUGGACGGAUUGAUGAUUGACGAAACUGUGAGACAUGGCUUGCAACAACAACAAAAACAAAGCGGAAAAGAAAUGUUGGCGAAAACACCAAGAAAAGGAUUGGGUUUGAUGAUUAAUGAGACGAAGACGGUUAGUUUUACACAUUUUCAAGGGAAUGAAUGUUUUCUGGCAGAUUUCCUCCUGUUAUUAUAUUUUAUUUUUAAAAAUUCAAUCACAAUUUCCAGCCAAAUUCCCGUGCAAUUCCAUCCUCAGCCACCCGAAAAACCAGCAGAGCUCCGACUUUCGAAGUUUUCGAAGAUACCGAAGAAGUCGCAAUCCAAGAAGAAAAAUCAGCCGAAAGAUUGUGUAGCUCUCCAAUUGAAGGAGUUUCUCGACUUCCUUCAAGGCCACAAUCACCACUUUUUGGACUUGAAGAAGGUCUGGCAGAAGAAGGCGAUGUGAUUUUGGUGGAUGAAAAUGAGGAUGAUGUUGGAGCAUUGGGAGAUUACAACAAUAUUUCAAUUGAUAUCGAAGUGGUUGAAUUGGGAAUUGAAAAAUGGGAAAAAUAUCCGCCAAUUGAUACAGUCAGUUUGAUGGAUGAUGGUUUGGAGGAUUUCAGAAAAGAUUAUGUGGUAAGCAAUAACACGUGGUAA